AGAAUAUUGACACUGUAAGUCUGAAAAUUGUGAUUCAUGAUAUUUCUACAAACGACUGAAAUUUUGCAUUUUAUGUAUGAGAGAUAAUUUCGGAAUAAAUAUGCAGUUCACGUCGUAGUGUUUCUUGUAGUGUCAGUUGUGUAAAAAAAAAGCCUGGGAAUAAACAAUCAGCCCGUUUUUUGAAGGCUGAAAUACUGGUGAAGUAAAUCUUAAUUUCACACGUCACGUUUGGCUUGUUGAAAUAGUGUUACAACCCUAGGAGGGAUCCUUGCCGAAUUACAAUGUCUUGAAAGUUGAAUGUAAGAGCGUCUUCUUCGCGCAACCGCAGAAUAAACUAUUUUUGUCGCUCCUUUAGUACGAUUUAAGGCAGAUGUGGGCAGAUGUGCUUCGAUCAAUACCGGCUAUUUAUUUUCCUCGGGUAAAGUAAAAACAUGGGAAAACCGUGCUGAAAAAUCCAACUUAAAUAUUGAAAUAUGCUAAAGGCCUCAACAACGGAAAUUAGAUCGGAAGACAAAUUAAAUUGUAAUUAUUAUAAUUAUGGCCACGAAGACGAACAAAAUUGUCGGGUGCAUUGGAAAAUGCACUUCGGGUCUGACCCUCGAGGAGCUGGACCAAAUUACAGAUCAUAUUAAUCAAACCUUGCUUCAUGCCAAGGGAAGAGAAGUUUUUAGAAAAUAUUUAACUUUGGCUCGUCGCAAGGAUGAUUUGGCCUGCUUAGAAUUUUAUGAAAACUGUAGCGAAUAUAUCGAAAAAGAGGAAAAUUAUGUAAGAAGAGUCAAGGAACCAACUCUCGAUUUCCUGAAGAAUGAUUUCGCAAAUGCUUUGGCGAUUGCAGAAGAUAUCGAUGUUCCAGAAAUAGAUCUGGCUAUUUUGGAACGAUUCGUUGAGGCAUUAGACAGCGAAUCCAGAGAAGCAAUGCUUUCUGUUUUGAACGACACAAAACUUCGUUUAAUGGAUCAUUUAAGAAACGCUCAUAGAGGAUUUAGAAUAUACGUAUUGCAGCCUUGUCCUAAAACUAAGUAGAUUUUUCUCGAAAUGGGAAAAGAUGAGUUAAAAAAUACCUAUAAGUAUUUUUUUACUACUCAUCCUUUUAUAUAAUUUACUGCAUUUCUUGUAAAUAAUUAUCUUAGUAGAAUAUUUAAGUGAAAGGGUAAUAACUAUAUAAUUGUAUAUUUAGUUUGCCUAAAACCGAGAUUAUAAAAACUCAUAAUUUCUUUUGAGCGAGAAAGAAAUUAUCAAUGAGGGUGCUUUUUUAUUGGGAGUCACUUUUUUCAGACUAAAAUUGGGAACUUUUUUUGCGAAAUUUUAUACAGUGAUUUAUUUUUGUACGUGCCUUCAAGGUAAUAUUUGAUCUUGUAAUGAAAUUCUCAGGUCUCUUCGUUUAUACAUAUUGUAUUUUUAAUAUCGAGUUGUAAUAAAACAAUAUUUGUCAGAA